UACGAAUUGUGACUUGGUCAAACGAUGGCAAUUUCCAUUAACAAUCAGAAACUCUUCUCCACCAGCCAAAAAAUUGAAAUACCAUGGAAGAAGAGCCACAACCAGUUUUUAAAAUAGUUUCGUUAUCAAAAAGUCCAAAAACCAACAAAAAACGCGUCUGGAAAUCCUUGAAACAGAUUCUUCAAACGGAACGCAGUCUGAAAUGGCCUGAAGAAGCAGUCACCUAUUCAUCAUUGAAUCCACCGCCGUCUUUCAAACCUCCCAAGAAAUAUUCGGACAUCUCGGGUCUCAUCGCUUACUACACCGACCCUCAAACCAAACUGCAUUACCACAACUCUGAAGAAUAUCAAACGAUAAAAACCCUUCCAAGCGAUCUCACGGCAGGAUAUCUGGCACUUAGGGGGGCCACAAGCAUUGUCUGAUUAUUUACUAAGCAGCACACAAGUAGUUCUUAGGGAUUUUUAAUAAAAAAAUGAUGAAUUUUAAAACCAAAGUAGCUUGAAAAACGCCUCUUACACUAAUUAUAAUUUAAUGUCUUUACAUUCAAUAAAAAAUAAGAAAAGGAAAAAUAAAAAGGACCAAA